AUGGUCUUUGCGCGCCGUUCAAUCUUCCGCGCUGCAACUGCAGCUCAGUCCUUCCGUGCGGCUCCUAUUGCCCGCCAGUCUGCCCAGCUCCUCGGUCGUCGAUUCAAGUCUACUGGUGGCACCUAUGAGAAAGGACAUACAUCCAGUGACUUGCCUUGGUUGGCGGUCUCUGCUGCCGUGACCGUUCCAAUGGUGUUUUACCUUUGGCCUUCCGGUUCCGAGGGACACCACGACGCUCACGGAGAUGAACACAAGGAUGAACACACAGAGAAAGACGGCGAGGUAGAGGCGGCUUCGGGGGAGAAGCCUGCCGAGAGUUCCUCUGAGACAGCGCCAGAAAAGGAGGAGAAAACAGGCGCUGAGGAGAAGGGUGAGGAGAAGGGCGAGGAGAAGGCAAAUAAGAAGGACGAGCCCGAGGAGAAGAAGGAAGAGCCCAAGGAAGAAAAAGAGUCGAAGGAGGAAGACAAGGAAGAGAAGCCCAAGGAUGAUGACUCAAAGGAAAACAAGGAUGACAAAAAAGAUGAUUCCAAGGAGGAAGAGCCUAAGAAGAAUGAGUCUAAGGAGGAUGCUAGAAAGAGCGAGGACAAUGACAGCGAGUCAAAGAACUGA